AUGGCAGAGAAACCCUACACUUUUGAAGUUAGCGAUUCGGCCCCUGUGAGUGUUUUUGACAACUAUAAAUGGCGUAGCCUGCAUUUGGCUCCCCUCUCCUUGUUUGAAUACUGCAUGCUCAUACAGACCAAAAGCAUGCGUGACGCAACAGCAGAUGACGUGGACUUUGAUCCGAAUCACCCUCAGUGUGCAACAUAUGUGCAGCGCUUGGCCUGCACUCCAUCCCAGGUGGCUACAGUCACCUUUCAUGGGCAGCUCACUGAGUACCAAGCUGCCGAGGAUGCUGUUCCAGGAGGCCACCCGAAAACAGAGUCAAUUAUGAAUGACAUAAGUGAGAUACUGCUGGGCUUAUUUAUUCCCUGGGAGAAACUCUUUGCCCUCUUCCUGCGAUAUGCUACAAAACGGGAUGCGUGUGCUCGCGUGUGGAAGGUUAUAGAGCCAACGCUGCUGCAGCAUAACCGAGCCUUUGCCAGGAAUAUCGAGCUACUAUAA